UGAUUUGUUUCUUAACUUAACAAUGAAGCUUAUCGUAGCAAUUAGCUUGCUGGCAGUGGUGCGUUCCUCAACCGAGGCCUCUAUUUACUGCGAUCCUGCACUUUGCGGGGAAGGAGAAACCCACGUUGCAUGCAAAGCUAAUCCCGGAUUUGGAAAACCAUCGGGCAAAACUAUCGCCCUCGACAGUGCCAAGCGAUCGUUGAUCAUCAAGACGCACAAUGAACUUCGUAACAAGAUUGCUACCGGAAAGCAGGAUUACCCAGGAGGUUUCUAUCCAGAGGCCGCUCGAAUGACCACCAUUCAAUGGGACGAUGAUCUGGCCUUCAUAGCUGCUGCCAACGCAAGAAAGUGUGUCUUCGCCCAUGAUGAGUGCCGCAACACUGUCAAGUACCCGAUAUCGGGUCAGAACAUUGCCUAUUACGGAUACUCUGGUGGCAGUGCAAAAAUGGAAACCGUGCUUCCAUUUUUGAUCGAAAAAUGGUACGCCGAAUAUAAUGAUUGUAAAUCCGAAUACAUCAAAGAGUAUCCAAGUGGUUAUCAAGGACCCGUCAUCGGACACUUCACCCAAGUUGUGGGAGAUCGUUCGGAUCGCGUUGGAUGUGCUGUGGUUCAAUGGACGGAAAAACCUUGGACCAAGAUUUACUUGGUGUGCAACUAUGCUAGAACCAACCUUAUUGGCGAACCUGUAUACACUCCAGGAAAGGUUGCUUCUCAAUGUACCACUGGCACAAACAAAAACUAUCCAGGUUUGUGCAGCACUGACGAAUCGGUUGAAUAUGGGUUUUAGGUUUUAGGUUGAGUUCAAGCUUUGGAAUACACUAACUGAUUUUUAGAGGUCUUGCUCAGGUUCACAUAAAAUAUGAAAGUUUUGUAAAUUUUGUUUAUUUUUUAAUACUUUCGAUUGUGGU